CAACCUAGGCGAAUUGACCACGCCACCGCCGCACUGGAUGGCUCCGUUCACUUCUUUCGGGCGGUCAGUCUUUACAGAUUCGCUUUGACCGUAGCUCCUUUGGCAUCUCUGACAUACACCGUACCGGAGACGGAUAGUACGGAAACGAGGCCCGGUAAAACGAGACGUCCCGUGCCCGUGUUGGUGCCGGUUCGACUAUUGCUGGGCUAGAGCAUCAGGUGCGGACACCUGGAACGUGUUGCUAUGAAGCGCCCCUUCGACCAAUCUGCCCUACCGAGCUCUGAGCUGGACCGGUCCGACGUGCCCGUGGACAGCAAGGACUGCAACCAGGCGACGGUAGCCGACCAACCGCCGCCACUAGGGCGCGCUCACAGGCCCAAGAAGGAACGCAAACAGCGCAUCCACACCAUGUGCGACGUUUGCAACAUUCAGCUCAACUCGGCGGCGCAAGCGCAGAUCCACUACAACGGCAAGUCGCACCAGAGGAGGCUCAAGCAGAACAGCCAAGGAAGCAAGGCGGCAAAAAAUACAGGUACAUCGGGACAGGGUGGACCACUUCUGGCUUCGCUGCCCGUGGCCGGACGGCCACUGCAGCCGCAGCUGGACCUCAAGCACCUGUUGCCCUUCCGGCUCAACGGCUCCUCGCCGCUCAGCCUCUUCCCAAACUUCAACACGAUGGACCCUGUGCAAAAGGCGGUGAUCAAUCACACCUUUGGCGUCCCGCAGCCGCUCAAGAAGAAGCAAAUCAUCUCCUGCAACAUUUGCCACCUGCGCUUUAACUCCACGAACCAGGCGGAGGCUCACUACAAAGGCCACAAGCACACACGCAAGCUGAAAGCCAUCGAAGCACAGAAGAACAGGCAGCGGCGGGCUGGCGAGGCGUCGUCCGGCGGGAGGGAGCGGGAUAGAAAGCGGGACAGGACUAAGAUGUCGGAAGUUGUGGCGCCGUCCCCUGUCGUGGACCCCAGCUCAGAGGAGGGAACAAGUCUUCAUUCAGACCUGGAACCAUCAUCCCUGGACAUCAAAAUUGCGGAGAGUCCCAGGAGCUCGGCCAUGCUGACGCCUGUGUCGGAUGUGUCGGCCGGUGAGCUGGCGGCGCUCUCCCCGCUGCAGGUCUCGCCACCCUCGCAGCUCUCCGAGGGGGCUUCCGACUCUGGUGGCCCAGAGGCAACGGAUGCCGCCGACGCUGCGGAGGCUCAAGCCGGCUUGAAUGGCCGGGCAGACACAUCCGGCGCCGACGGAGAGGCACAGACGGACGAGGAUGGCAAGAAGAGCAAAGCUCAUCUCCACUGUGCCGUCUGCAAAGUGACGAUGAACUCCAGCUCACAGCUGGAAGCCCACAACAGCGGUACGAAGCACAAGUUGAUGCUGGAGGGUCAGACCGUGCUGCCGCGUCGGCGCGGCAGGAUGGCGGCGGCCCGCGCCAGCUAUAAGAGCAAGAGGCUGGCUAGCAAAGGCAGCCUGAGCGUGUCCAACAAGAGCUUCCAAUGCGAACUGUGCGAGAUCUUUGUCAACUCCGAGACGCAACUCACCCAGCACAUGAACAGCAGACGGCACAAGGAUCGAAUGGCAGGAAAACCACCCAAGCCCAAAUUUACCCCACACAGCAAGAGCCAGCAGACCAGUUUAGCGAGCAUGCGAUGGAGCGGCUGUGCAGACACGGCUGUGUCGGCCAUGAAGAAAGCUUUGGGCCACUACAGCCUCACCUCGCUCUCCUCGCAGACCAAACUGACCUUGCAGAAGCAGCUGACCAAGAGCUUGACCACGGGCUUCCUGCCCAGCCCCCUCGCACCGCCCACCCUGUGCGCGGUGGCCGCCAACCCGCUGGCGCUGCGCCACCCGAUGGCCGCCGCCUCCGCUGCCUUCAUACAGACGCCCUUCCUUGGGCCCGCCCUUUUCCGGCCCGCCCCGGGGCCUCUGCGGCCUGCACACGCGCCCAUUAUCUUCUCCCCGUACUAAUGCCCCCCUCCUUGGUGUCCCCUCUAUCUGUGUGACCAAACUAUGCAGUCAGCCUGUCUUAAGGAAGAGUGGCGAUCCCCCCCACCCCCAUCGCGCCUUCUUCCUGUUCCAGUGGUCACCGGUGAGGGAGCGAGGGCCACAUUGAUAGCCAUUAAAUGGGAUGAAGGGGGGCGCUUUACGGCUGUUACCGUGUCGUUUUGUAGACGAGUCUAGCUGUACGUUUAAGAUAAGUUCCCUUUACUUGAGCGCUUUUCAAAGCGUGAGACCGAGAAACUCGGCACAUGUAUUUGAGAGGUGAGAACUUCAAAGAAGGUGAAAAAUAAAUAUGUUUUUUUAUGCUAAGCUAACUUCAGCAACGCCAUCAACACUGUGAGUCACAAGAACUCAAAGUUAACUUCAGCUACAGCUGUGUGGAAAAAGUAUUGGUGAGGCAGAAGAUUAAAGGUGGGGUGGCAGCUUGAGAGAAAAUAGGUAUAUAAAUGAAAGUAUAGACUUUAUUUCAAAUACACUAAAUUAACUUUAGCUUUAAUUAUAUGGACAAAAGCAUUGGAGUGUAUAUAUACACACACGCACAGCUACAGCUAUAUCAGCAAAUUUGUGAGUCAAAGCACUUUUUUAUGCUAAGCACACUCUGACAUUGGCAAAACGUCUCAUUUUGUUAGCUCUGACGUCAGUCUGUGGUUUUGUAUUUUUUCCCCUUGGGGGAGAUUCACUAUCCCACGCUUUGAAAAGCGCUGCCUCACCUGAUGCCCUUUUUAAAAACAAAAAAGUUUAACCAAGACAUUCACGGGUCCACAUGUUGUGAUCCCUUCGUGUCCUUUCGGCACCACCCGAACCGCCAGAUUACUUCACCUAUUGAAAAAUGGACCACCGCUGAAGAGGAGGAGGAGGGCUUGAUCGACAGCCGCUGCAUGGCGUGUGGGAGGGAACACAAAAACAAAAGCACAGUGUAACCAUGGCAACCACCAAAAAAAAGCACCUUAAAUCUGAUUUGUAUAUACACACAAAAAAAAAAUAAUCAGGUGAUCACAAGGUUGACAUUUAAAAGCAAUAGCAACCAGUUUCCUCACGCCAUGCACACCUGUCCAUCUUUCACAAUGUGGCAACUCCUCCUCUCGAUGACGUAUUGGAGCACAUCCUAUGCAUUUUUCUCUCAUUGUGCAAUAUGUAUAGUUGUGUGUGUGCGUGCGUGCGUGCGUGUGUGUGUGUGUGAGAUCUGUCGUGACAAAGCCAGUCUCCGCCAUCUCCCGCCUCUCCUUUCACAAAAGCAGCCGGCCUCACUCUGUCUUGGAGAGGUUCAGUGAAGAAACAAAUCCCAUAGAGGACAUAUAGAGCUUUUAUCAGAGUUAAUAUUGUUAUGUGUACCAUAGAAGAUUAGAUCAUGUUAUUGUUUAUUAUUGUUUUUUGUUGUUGGGUGGGGUUUUUUUUAAGUACAAGGCCUUUUUAAUAUGGAAAAACAAAGAAAAAAAAGAUCCAAAAGUGUCCCAGGCCUUCUCAGGGGUGACCGGGUUGCGACCAAUCCAUCCACGUUCAGGGUAUCACUCGACCCAUCGUCACGGCGACGACAAGCAGGACAUGACGCGUAGAGAGCUUGUACCCGGUGGAUUUUGGGGAAAUAAAAAAGCUUCUAGAACUUCUUAAAA